AGCGGGAAGGUCACAGGAGGCGAUUCAGGAGGUGUCAUUGAUCUUACACUGGAUGAAGAGGAUGAUGGCUCUUCUCAAGAUGGCAAGAAGCCGAACCAGACACCUGUUACAGGAUUGAGCAUAUCCACCCAGCCCUUGGCUCGACCCUUGCAGCCUUUGCAGCCUUUGCAGCCAAACCCUGUGCAGCAGACAGGUGUGCCAACAAGUGGACCUUCCCAGACCACCAUACAUGUAUUACCUACAGCUCCGACAACAGUGAAUGUAACUCAUCGGCCAGUGACUCAAACUGCUGCAAAACUUCCUAUACCAAGAGCCCCUGCUAACCACCAGGUGGUCUAUACCACUCUUCCUGCACCACCGGCUCAGAAUCCUGUAAGAGGAGCUGUCAUGCCAAGCCCAGGCUUAAGGCCAGUCAACCCACAGGCUGGAGGUAUGACAGUACGAAUGCCUCAAACAACUGCAUAUGUUGUGAACAACGGACUAGCUCUUGGAUCUGGAGCACCUCAGCUUACAGUGCAUCAUCGACCACCCCAAGUGCAUGCUGAGCCACCACGCCCUGUACAUCCUGCCCCACUCCCUGAGGCACCACAGCCACCACGUCUGCCCCCUGAAGCUGCCAACACUUCUCUGCCUCAAAAGCCGCAGCUGAAGCUGGCACGGGUACAGAGCCAGAACGGUAUUGUGCUGUCAUGGAGUGUCAUGGAGGUGGACCGGAGCUGUGCCACUGUGGACAGUUACCAUCUCUACGCCUACCACGAGGACCCGAGUGCCACUAUGCCCUCCCAGUGGAAGAAGAUCGGGGAAGUGAAGGCCCUCCCGCUACCUAUGGCAUGCACUCUUACACAGUUUGUGUCUGGCAGCAAAUACUACUUUGCAGUCCGGGCUAAGGACAUCUAUGGACGUUUUGGACCUUUCUGUGACCCCCAGUCCACAGAUGUGAUCUCUUCCCAGAGCAGUUAAACUAGAGAUCUUGGAGCCUUUAAACCUGUCCUACUACCAAGAAUUACCCUGGUUUUGGGGGGGGUUGAUCCCAUGCAUGAAAUUCACUUUUAAAUCCACUCUCUGCAGGAUUACUUUAGACAGUUGUGUGAUACACUACGUGCAUUCAGAACCAAAAGAAAAAUAAAGUCUCACCUGCAGCAAGAGAGCCUGUUUUUUCUGGAUAGCUCAAGUCAUGGGCCAUUU